UUCUCGUUCACACACAGACUAAAUGAGUGUGUGAUCCAAGUGCCUGCUGAGAAGGUGCUUGGUGUUACAGUGCACAGUAAGCAGUCAGAGUUUGAUCAGCGAUGGGCGGCGGAGGACAGCAGACGGACCGGAUCACCGGGACCAAUGGGAGGUUCAGCACUUACACCUGGGAGGAGGUACAGAAACACACCAAGUUUGGAGAUCAGUGGGUCGUGGUUGAAAGGAAGGUUUAUAAUGUGAGCCAGUGGGUGAAGAGACACCCCGGAGGAGUGAGGAUCCUCGGACACUAUGCUGGAGAAGAUGCGACGGAGGCGUUUACUGCAUUUCAUCCAGACCUUCCGCUGGUGAGAAAAUACAUGAAGCCGCUGUUAAUCGGGGAGCUUGAAGCAUCUGAACCCAGUCUAGACCGGCAGAAAAAUGCCGCUCUUGUGGAGGACUUCCGAGCCCUUCGUGAGCGUCUGGAGGCUGAGGGGUGUUUCAAAACCCAGCCGCUGUUCUUCAUCUUACAUCUGAGUCACAUCCUGCUCCUGGAGGCCAUCGCUCUGAUGAUGGUGUGGUACCUGGGAACCGGCUGGAUCAACACGGCCAUCGUCGCUGUUUUACUGGGGACUGCACAGUCGCAGGCUGGAUGGUUGCAGCACGACUUCGGUCAUCUGUCCGUGUUUAAAACCUCUCGAUGGAAUCACUUCGUGCACAAAUUUGUCAUCGGACACCUGAAGGGAGCAUCUGCGGGUUGGUGGAACCAUCGCCACUUCCAGCAUCAUGCUAAACCGAACGUGUUCAAAAAGGACCCGGACGUCAACAUGCUCAAUGCGUUUGUAGUUGGAAAAGUGCAGCCUGUGGAGUACGGCGUUAAGAAGAUCAAGCAUCUGCCUUACAACCAUCAGCACAAGUACUUCUUCUUCAUUGGACCUCCUCUGCUCAUUCCAGUGUAUUUCCAGUUCCAGAUCUUCCACAAUAUGAUCACACAUGGCCUUUGGGUGGACCUUGCGUGGUGUAUAAGCUACUACGUUCGAUACUUCCUGUGUUUCACGCAGUUCUACGGUGUGUUUUGGUCCGUGAUUCUGUUUAAUUUCGUGAGGUUCCUGGAGAGUCACUGGUUUGUGUGGGUGACCCAGAUGAGCCACAUCCCCAUGAACAUCGACUAUGAGAAACACCAGGACUGGCUCAGCAUGCAGCUGGUCGCAACCUGCAACAUUGAGCAAUCCUCCUUCAACGACUGGUUCAGCGGACACCUCAACUUUCAGAUCGAGCACCACCUCUUCCCCACAAUGCCUCGGCACAACUACUGGCGCGCCGCCCCACACGUUCGAGAGUUAUGUGCCAAAUACGGAGUCAAGUACCAAGAGAAGACCUUGCACGGGGCCUUUGCGGACGUCGUCAGGUCUUUGGAGAAAUCCGGAGAAAUCUGGCUGGAUGCGUACCUCAACAAAUAAAACCUCAUUCGAGAAGCAAAGAAAUAUCCACCAAUCAGAGCGAGAAUUUCUCAGACUAGACAUCAACUAAACCGCCAGUCAAUCAGCUCACUAAAAUGACGUUUAGCACUUAUUUUUGAUAUUGAAGCAUAAUUGUGGCACUUUGAAUGUGUUUUUAAAAGACUGAUCAAAGAUGUGUGUCUCGCUCCUUAUAAAGGAUGUAUUUGAAAGUA